AUGCCUCUCUCCCUUUCUUAUCCUGGACUUAAAUGCGUUUUGGAGCAUUUGGAAGCAGUUAAGCGUGCACAUAUCAUUGGCCGCUCUCCAGGACUUCAAAAAAUUGAUAAAUUGAUUCCACUUUGUCUCAAGAAUCUUCAGAUUGAGAAAAGCAAACUCGUUAUCAACAAAUUAUGGAUUACAUGUGAAAAGGAUGAAGUGAAUCUCAAAAUGAAAAGGAAAACAUUCAGCCGACAGAUAUCAAAGACCCAAGAAGACAAAAUGAAAAAGUUGGCACACUUUUGGAUCUCUGGAAGGUCAAAGAUCUAUGUGGACAGGUUGAGUUGGUUUUGCAGAUUGCCCCCAGGUUUCUUGCCUGUCGAUCUGAAAUGUAGAGUCAACUCUUUGGAAGCAAUUUUUGACUUCGAAACUGCAAUUCUUUUUAUAGACCCUCCAAGUUUUCCUUUAAAAACUGUGGUCACUAUCCCCGAAGCCUCAACAUUCCAAGUUGUGAAGUCUGCGGAAACGCUUGAUCUGAAUAUCUUUAUUGAUCGGAUAGUCACUGUUGAAGACCUUAAGAAGUUGAACAACAAAACUGUGAUGCUCACAUCCUUUUGCGACUCUAGAAUUGAUAUAAUUCCAUUGAUUAAAUAUCAUAUUGAAACCAAGAAAGAUAUUCGAACCACUUUUGUGAUUUCCUCAUAUGACGAAGGUUUCAUCAGGGACAUGUUACGUAAAUUUGAACAAGCGUUUGGAGAAUACAAAAGUGAUUUGGAUGGCGUUAAUGAGAGAUUCCUCCCAGGAUCUUCUAGAUUCUCGAUCCCAAUCAACGAUGAAACUAAAAUCCAUGUCUAUGCAACUAAAGAACAAAUCCAAACCCGAAUCCCAUCCCUUCGCAUCAUCAACUCCCUCCUACCAUUCCAUUUCGAUACGGUGUCAAUUGAAAGUGACGAUCUGAAGAUAAACGACAGAAAAUGGAAAUUCCGGCCAGUUUGGUCACAAGAACAAUCAGAUUGGCUCAAUCUCCAAACUAUUCCAAAUCUAUGUGAUGUUUACAUGUAUUCCGGAGGUCCUUAUCGAUGGAACAAGUCGCCUGAGGAAAUGCAUCAACAAAUAUUCGAUAGUUAUCUCAGAAACAACACAGUGAUAAGAGAAUUACUCCGUGUGUAUGAGAUUCCCAGCUUUCUGAAAAACAGAAAAGAUUGGACGAUAAAAGCGGUGAAUUUAGAGUUGAGGUGUCGAAGCAUGGAGGAUUAUGAGUACUUGGUAGAGAUGGUUGAUUGGGAGACAGUGGAAAGUGUGACAAUUGUGGUGACGACAGAUGAGAUAUUGGAGAUUUUCGAGAAGAUGGAGAUCAAAACCUGCAAAACCCUCUCGAUCCUCCUCUUCCCAGCUAUUGCGUCCCCGACACUCAACCAACUUCUUAAUCUUCAAAACCACCACCUCCAUCUACAUCAUACUCGAUUCACACUUUCUGAUCUACAAAAACUGGUGGAGAACUGGAUUGCUUCUGGGGCUCGAGAAGUUGGGACUCGUUUCAGUUGGGGACGAGAGAGCUAUGACAAGGUUAUGGAUGUAUUCGAUCAUUUUAGAGAGUGUCUUGGUGCAGUUCCAGCAAAACAUCCGGGGCUUGGACAACACUUCUAUGCCAAUGGAGUCGCUAUCAAGAUGGGGAAGGAUAGGAAGCUUGUGAUGUAUGGUGGUGUCAAGAGACAUUCGAAGAAAAAUGUGCAAAGUGUUGCUCCGUGGAUGUUCCGGAUGGAGGUUAUGGCGGCAGACCCAACAUUUGACAUUCCUCACUGA